CAAGAUUAGAGUUGUUCAAAAGUGGAGACUAAACGAAGUAAGACUCACAAAGGGGUGCCUCAGCUGCUCUCAAAUCAUUUGGGUGUUGGUGCAACUCUUCCCUGAAAAAUCUGUGUGCCAUGGUCCAAUUCAGAUCGUGUUUCCUGAGGAGGACACUUGUCAAGAUGCCCCAAGAUAUCAGCGGACAACAGAGUGAUACAGUCAAGAUUGAAAGGAACGGAAAGUAGCCUAGAUUAAGGGGGGUUUGCUAAGAAGACAUUGGUGUUCUCACAGCAUUGACAACUCUAGCCUCACGUGGAAUUGAGCUGGCAUCUGGAAAACCACCAGGAACAAGGCUAUCAACGUAGACAGAAUGGUUGAUCAGCUCCAGGGAACGUGGAAAUCCAUUUCUUGUGAAAAUUUUGAAGAAUAUAUGAAAGAACUAGGAAUAGGAAGAGUCAGCAGGAAGCUUGGCUGUCUGGCAAAACCCACUGUGACCAUAAAUACAAAGGAAGAUGUCAUCACUAUAAAAACCAAAAGCAUCUUUAAAAAUAAUGAGAUCUCCUUUAAACUGGGAGAAGAGUUUGAAGAAACCACACCAGCUGGCCGUAAGAUCAAGAGUCUGGUAACCUUAGAUAAUGACUCCUUGGUUCAGGUUAAGGACUGGGAAGGCAAAGAGACCACCAUAACAAGAAGGUUGGUGGAUGGGAAAAUGGUGGUGGAAAGUGCCGUGAACAAUGUCACCUGCACUCGGACAUAUGAAAGAGUACCAACAAACUCAGUCACAAACUCUUAAGCACUCUCAUGAUCCAAAGUGCUGAGGUUGCUUAAAUAAAACUCCAUGGUAAAAUACCAUGACUGCUAAUAUGACAACCUUUGCACGAGUGCCAACAAUUUGGGUGCCCUGCUGAAUGUCUGUAUCAUACAGGACCUUGGCAUUGGCGGCUGUAAGAAAUCAGGAUGAUGUAUCCUGUUCGAUGUGGGGCUGCUGUAACACAUUCAGAGAAGCACUUCAUGUUGAUUUUCUUCUAAUUAGGCAUAUUAUGUCAAUCCUUUAAAUUUAACAUGAUCUGCACUAUAUUGGGAAAAUAAUAUUCGUUUUUUUUUUAAGGAAGAUUAGCCCUGAGCUAACAU